AUGGACACUAUCACGACCGUCAAACCUACUUCAGUGAACGAUGCAUCACCAUUAGCCCCAUCCAUUGGGCACAAUGUCGAGGCUCUUGACAUAGGCGCUGAAAGUCCUGAAGCCCGAUCAAAGCUGCGUACAUAUUCUAUUCUGGCGUCACUUUGCCUUGUUCUUUUCGUAUCGGCACUUGAUCAAACCAUCAUCGCAACAUCAAUUCCUACCAUAUCCGCCUCUUUAAAUUCCGCGUCUGGAUAUGUCUGGAUUGGCGGCGCGUACUUGCUGGCCAACGCUGCCGCCGGUCCCAUCUGGGCGAGAUGCAGCGACAUCUGGGGCCGGAAGCUUGCUCUUCUGAGCGCGAUUGGCCUCUUUGCAGUUGCUAGUAUCAUUGCGGCGGUGAGCUCUGAUAUGCCCAUGUUGAUUGCUGCACGAGCACUUCAGGGCACGGCGGGCGGCGGUCUCAUUUCCCUGGUCACGAUAACGAUCUCUGACCUGUUCAGCGUGCGCAAACGAGCAUUGUUCAUAGGUUUGCUCGGAGCUAUCUGGGCAAUCGCGGGGUCUGCUGGACCUCUUAUCGGAGGAGCACUCACCCAACUUGCGAGUUGGCGGUGGUGUUUCUGGAUUAACCUUCCAGUAUGCGCCAUCGCAUUCCUGUUUGUGCUUCUCUUUCUUGAUGUACAUGACCCCCGUACGAGGCUACGUGAAGGACUCAAGGCUAUUGAUUGGUUCGGGACAUUCUGCAUUCUUGGUGUUACUCUUCUACUCCUGCUGGGACUGGACUUCGGCGGUGCUAUCUUUCCAUGGGACAGUCCCAAAGUCAUUUGUUUGCUUGUCUUUGGCGUACUGAUGAUUGGUUUCUUCCUUUACAGCGAAAGGAGCCUCGCCAAGUAUCCACUUAUGCAUCUGGGCAUUUUCAAGGACUGGUCUAAUAACGCAAUCCUCUUACUCGCCUUUGCCCAUAGUAUGGUGUCUAUUGGUGUUGAGUACUAUCUGCCGCUAUACUUUCAGAGCGUCAAGCAAGAAUCACCCCUUCGAAGUGGCAUCUUGAUAUUACCGAUGCUGGCAACUGAAGCCGCUACCGACAUAGUUGCAGGGGUCGUCGUCCAUACGACCGGUCGGUAUAGAGAGCUUGUUUGUGUUGGGGCAGUGCUCAUGACGCUCGGUACUGGACUUUACGUCAACUUCGGGCGCGAAACCCCUAUUGCUAUCAUUGCUGUGUUCGAGAUCAUUGGCGGCAUUGGCGUUGCGCUUCUGUUCCAGACACCAUUGAUUGCACUUCAGGCCGGUAUCAAGCAGGCCGAUACAUCGUCAGCUACCGCAACAAUAGGCCUCAUGCGCAAUGUGGCAACUUCAUUCUCAAUUGUGCUCGGAGGCGCGGUAUUUCAAAAUAGCAUGGACAGUCGCCAGUCGUUGCUUGCUGCUGCAGGGCUUGACCCUUCUACGCUGUAUGCUUUAUCCGGCGACCAUGCAGCGGCGAAUGUGGAAAUCAUCCAAUCCAUUGAGGAUGCCAUGCAGCGCCAGGUCGUACAAGAUACAUUUUCUUGGAGUCUCAGAAACAUGUUCAUCAUGUACACCUGCAUCGCGGCUGUAGCGUUGGCGACAAGCAUGUUCAUUAAACAGCGACAUCUGAGCACGGAGCAUAGCGAAACGAAGACAGGAAUCGAGAAUCUCUCGAAGCGAGAAAACUCCGGAACUUGA